AUGUAUGUGAAAUGGUUUGAUACAGUAAUUUUAGUGAUUUUAGUGAAUGUCACUUUUUGUCAUUUUUGAAUUUCCCACCGUUCCGUCCCCCAUACGUCCUGAUGCUCGCAGGGGAUGGAACCCAGAUGACAGAUGCCGGCAUCCACCGGAUUACAUUGCCGGGGACACUGCAGGAGAGACAUCGUGGGAGCGCAGGACAAGGUAAGUGACCGAGGGAUCGUGGAGCAGUGCCGCAUGGUAUUCCGGAGUGUAGCUCGGGGUUACCGCUUGUGCUACACUCGGGAAUACCGCCAGGGAGGCUAC